UUCAAUUUUUCUCUAUUCUUUCGGAGCAUCUGGCAAAUAUAAGCAGUUUACCUUGCGCGUGUACACCUACACAUGGUGCUGUGAAUCAACAGCUGUCGAGUGGCAAUUAGUAAGGAAUGAAUCUCUCCUUCAUUUGGCCUCAAAGAAGUACCACAGGAGAGAUCUUGGUGAAGGAUGCUAUUUGAGUGGUGAAGCCGCGGUAGUUGGAUUAAAGCUCCACUUAGGUUGAUGCCAACGAAAUGAAACCCUAUUUAUGUGGAAAAUCCAGAGUCCAUUUGAAUCUGUUUUAGGUGAUCCUUUUAAAUAUUACCUGCUAAAAUUUUGUGGUUGGUUCAUCUAUGCCUGGCAACGGAGUUGGAGACAGGGAUCACAAUUUUUUUGGCCAAGAAAACUUAUCCCAGGGUCAAGGUCGCCUGGAGGUUGUUGACAGGAACUGGCCAGGACUAAGCAACAAUUUCUUGGCUGGGAGCCAGAGACAAAGUGGAUUUCCUCUUAAUCCUGAUUUAAAGAAUUACACCGUGCAGCAAUCAGAUAUUGAUGCACGACAUGGGACUUCUUUCCAGGUAUCACAUGGCUUGAGUUUUACACAGCCAAACUUGCAGCCUGAAUUUAAUGGAAGCCCAUUCCAAAACCUGCCAUCUUUGAAUGGCUAUAUACAAGGGCAUCAUUUUUUUCCAGCUGGCCAGAAUGAAGCAAACUUGUUGGGCAUGGACACAGAAUCUGGUCAGCAUAAUAUGGGGUCUAGGGGCUUGCCUGUUCUUGAUUCCCAGCAAGGGAGAGACACUGAGCUUCAAAAAAGGAAUCCUGUAAAGUCUCUAAAUGCUGAAACUCCUGUCAAUUUUCAGCUUUUGGGACGUCAAGAACAAAUGGGAGUUCAUCAUCCUGCAGUGUUGCAAUCUUUUCAUGGCCAACAAACUAGUAUUAGUGACAUGCAGCUGCUGCAGCAACAACUGAUGCUCAAGCAAUUACGAGAUUCUCAAAGGCAGCAGCUACAGCAGCAAGAAGUUUUGAGAAAGAGUUCCUCGAAUAACCUUUUAUCCAUGGCUAAACCAGCUUUGACAAACCAUUCGUCUAUGCCCCUCAAUGGUAUUCCUGUAAACGAUGGGUCCAACUAUUCAUGGCAACCUGGGCUUUCAGCAAAUGCCAAUUGGGUGCAGCGGGGUGCACCUGCUGCUCUGCAAGGAUCCUCGGGCAGUCUUGCCCUUUCUGCCGAACAAGGUCAGGGCUUACGUACGAUGGGAUUGGUUUCCCAACAGGUUGAUCAAUCUGUUUACGGGGUUCCUCACUCUGGGUUCAGAGAAAAUCCAACUCAAAUCUCUCAAAUAGAAGUCGAUAAUUCUGCAAUGCAGCAGAUAUCUUCUCAUGUACAUUCAUUUUCAGGUAGCCUUUAUUCUUCAUUACAAGAUCAGGGUAGUGUCCAGGAUGGAACAAUGGUUCCUAAACAGUCUGGGGAAGUGGGUCAUGGUUUAAGUAGUGGAUUUAACUCAAAUAACUUGCGUCAAGCGAACUCCCCACAAGGAAAUGCGGCAAUGGAAGAGUUACAUGGGAGGCAAGAGUUUGCUCCUUUGUCUGAAGCAACACAAGGGAAAUCUUCAUCAUCAGUUGUUCCUUCUCAGGACGUUGCUACAUUGGAUCCCACUGAAGAGAGGAUUUUGUUUGGUGCAGAUGACAAUGUUUGGGGUGCCUUUGGUGCAGGAACCAACACAGUUGCAGCAGGCUUCAACAUAGGUGACAGUACAGGGUUUCUCUCUGGAUUUCCCUCUGUGCAAAGUGGGAGUUGGAGUGCACUUAUGCAAUCUGCCUUGGCAGAAACUUCUAGCGAUAAUCAAAUAGAUCAGGAAGAGUGGAGUGGUCUCAGUGGUCAGAAUGCUCGACCCUCAAAUAGGAAUUCGACGCCUUUAACGCAAAAUGACGGUAUGAGACAGCAAUCAGCCUGGAGUAAUAACAACAUGCACACUACCUCUCCGAGUUCAAGACCAUUGCAGUUGUCUGAUAAUAUUGCAAAGAGUGGCGGAUCCUCGGGUGCUUCUAGAUUGUGGCAAUCUGAUCUGGGGGCCUCCCACGGACGAAGUGAGAAUAUGCAAACUGAUUCGUCAGAAAGAAUUGAGAAUUUUCAAGCUGAUUCUGAGAGAGUUAUUCAUAAUUUUGCAGAUGGAAACAGGUUGUUCGAGCGGAGCCAUCUGCAAAGGCAUUCUUCUGAUGGUAGUCAAAUCUGUGGAAAUGUUUCUAAUGCUUCGGAUGCUGAAGGAAAGAAAAUCAUCUCUGGAUCUUGGACUGAUCCACAGAGCAUGUUUCCAUCAAAUCAUGGGGAUCGACAUAGUAGACCAAACGGCUGGAAUGUGAUCGACUCCACAAUGCCUGGUGAGCAUGCUAAUACAAAGAGCCAUCCUAGGGAAUACUCACUAAUGUCUUCCCAGGAUGACAAUCGUAACAGACGCAUGCAUGAAGAAGUUGGUCAUGAAGUUGCUAUUUCUAGACCCGACAAAGUUCCUGCCGUGGCAUUGGAGCGUGUAAAGUCAGUUGAUAAGCAAGAUUCUACUUUAGAGAAUGCUGGCAUAUCUAUGAGCAACAGAAGAGACACUAGAGAAAGUCUUCAACAGCUUCCUAAAAGUUAUGGUUUUGAUUUAUGGAGACCCGUUGAUUCUACAGUGAAAAGCAAAGGAAGCGAGGUUGGGGGAAGUAACCGUAAUAAUAUGGAUAGAAGUGUUCAGGUUUCAGACUCUCCGGUAAACAACAGAAUGCAUGAUAUGGAGAACUCCGAUAAAAAGGAUAAUUUAGCUGGUGGAUUUCGUCUGAAUACAUCCCAUAGGUCCACUGGUACUUUUGGAAAUAAUGUCUGGACAGAUGCUGGUGAGUCUCGAAAUUCACGUGAGGACAAGCAAAACCAAUUUGGUCAGGGUGCUUAUAGUCAAAGGCCUGCUGGCACUCAUAAAUUUCAGUAUCAUCCUAUGGGUAAUCUGGAUGUAGACUCGGAAUCUGCUUAUGGAACAAAUCAUUUUGCACUUUCAAGGCCUAUGGUUCAGCAGGUCUGUGGGGAAACAAGAACUCCUGGUCCUGGGCAAGUUGGACAUUCAAACUUCAUGGAUCGGGCUGAUAGGAGUAGUGCAGGAAUGGCUAAGGUUGACCCAAAAGGUGGAGAGGCAGUUCUAAAAGGAGCUUCGGUCUAUACAUCUGAUAGAGUACCCCCUCUCGAAAGAUCUGUUGGUACUCCUUCAAAUAACAACGCUCAAUCAAGUCAAAAAAUGCUGGAACUUCUUCAUAAGGUGGAUCUAUCGAGGGAGCAUGGUGUUGCAUCACGUUUCAGCUCUUCUGACAGGAAUGAAGCAAAUGAAUCAGAAACUUCUGAUGGAUCAAUCAGUCACCUUCAGCAAAGCCAAUCUCCAGCUUCUCAAGGUUUUGGUCUUCAGCUGGCCCCUCCUUCUCAAUGGCUGAAGAAUUCUGAUCGUGCUUUGGAUUCUCAGAGCUCGUCACCAGCUCUCACUGCACAGGGUGCUUUUCCAUAUCCUCGAGAAAUGGGUCUUUCAUCACUGGCUUCAACAUCCUUGAUCCAGUCCGCUUCUUUCAGGGGAACACCUCAAGGAGAGUAUAGGAGUAAUGUUCCUGGUACAUUAGGACAGAUCAGCAGCAGAGCUUCUCCAUCUAACAUUGAGGGAAAUUUCGGUCUGCCUAUCAAUCAGAGAUUACCUUUUCCGAGAAGUCAUCUCCAAGAUCAAUGUGUCGGUGCUGGUGGAGGUGCAGGUCAUUCCAUCUGCACAUCUUCUGAUGGGUUUCCUUUGCAUCCAAAAGGGACGGACAUCUCUGGGGAUGGAGUUCAACUUAGUCAAUCUGAUCUUCCUUCAGAUCCAAGUAUUUCGGCGAGUGCUUCAAAAGCCAACAAUGCUUUUGCUGCUGAGGGAGGUCGACCUUAUGCUGCAAAACAGGCCCACAGUGGAUUGUCUCAGCAGUUCAAUCCAUUCGAGGCAGUGUCAUUGUCUCAAUCUUCUGUUAACUUUGGCUUCCCUCAACAGGUUCCAUCUUCAAAAGUGUUGCCCAACCUCUGGAAUGGCAGCUCAAGUCAACAACAGUUACUAGGCUCUGUACCUGGAAAUGAUACUCUACGGUUGUUGGAGUCCCAUCUUAAAUCAAACAGUAAGGUAGAGUCGAGCUACUCUGGCACGUCUUCUGGAAAGUUGGAAGGCCUAGUUCCAGAGGAGCAGGCGGUGAAAGAAUGUUCAUCUGAGAUGCCUGAUCCUGUUCAGAGUUCAUUGCAGGUGAACGAAGCUUUAACAAAGCAUGUUUCUGAUGCAUCUCUUCCCAAACCUGCUUCAUCUCAAGGAGAGAUUGAAGCAUUUGGCCAUUAUUUGAAGCCUAAUGAUUUUGUAAACAGAAAGUACUCCUUAUUGCAUCAGGUGCAGGCUACGAAAAGCAUGGAGGGUGAUUUUGAUCAUGAUGAGCGGAGCACAAAAAGAUUAAAAGGUCCAGAGAGUUGUCUGGAUUCUCAGCCAGUCAGUCUGAGGGGAGAGAAGCAUGUUUCCCAUGGAUAUGGUCCUCUGGCAGUAGAAAAUUCAGCUGGUCACACCCCAGUUCGCAGUGGGGAUACUGCGAUGUUAAGCUUUUCAGUAAAGCCGGGGGAUAAUCAGGGCAUUGCUGCGGCUUCCCCUGAUAUUGCCGCAUUUCACAGAAAUGAGAUGCAGAGUUCCUCUACUAGCAGUAACUUAGCUGCCAUUAGAGGUGAUCAUCCUAAUAUUAGUCCUCAAAUGGCACCAUCGUGGUUUGAGCAGUACGGGACCUUGAAAAAUGGUCAGGUCUUGCAAACGUAUGAUGCGAGGAAGAUGGCUGCCUUUGGUGCGAGUCCACUUGGUAGUGUCUGCAAUAGUAUGGCUCCCUCUUCAACAACCAGUGAACAUCAUUUGCUACCUCCAGAAGCCAUGGCCUUGAAAAUGCUUAUGAAAUCGAAAAAACGUAAACACAUCAUGUGUGGAAGUCAGUCUUGGCAUAAAGAAAUGGCAGAGGGAGCUAGAAGUAUUCAAGAUGUUAGUGUGGCAGACGCAGAAUGGGCCAUGGCUGCUAAUAUGCUGGUUGAGAAGGUUGACAGUGAGGGUGACAUGAAUGAAGAUGGAAUGCCAAUGCAGAGACCUAAGAGAAGGCUAUCCCUGACUACACAACUGAUGCAACUGAUUCUUCGGCCUCCCCCUGCACUGUUUCUCACUGCAGAUGCUGCUUCACAGUACGAGAACGUUGCUUAUUUCACGAGUAGAUUAACACUGGGGGAUACAUGCGGCAUAAUCUCCUGCUCAAGCAGUGUUCCUGUUGUGUCCCCUGAAAGUGAAAAUUCCCUGUUCAAAAUUACCAAAGAAGCAGUGCAUCCUGGUGAUGAGCGUUUGACAAAGGUUGUGGAAGAGUUGGUUGGUAGAACAAGGAACCUGGAGAACGAAUUAUCAAGACUGGACAAGAGAUCUUCAAUUGUUGACUUGCGAGUGGAAUGCCAAGAUCUGGAGAAGUUCUCUGUCAUAAAUCGUUUUGCCAAGUUCCAUGGCAGGGGACAGGUUGAUGGGACUGGGACAUCAUCUUCGGAUGCUUCUAGUGCUCUGAAAGUCUGCCCUCAGAGAUAUGUCACUGCACUUCCAAUCCCGAGAAACCUCCCUGACAGAGUGCAAUGCCUUCCACUUUGAUCAACUAGCUGUGGAGUAUUCCCAUUUUCUUGGUCAAUUUGCCAUCUCCUUUGCUUUCUUGCAGAUUCUAUAAGGCAGUGCGUUGACUGGAUAGAACCAUGAGAAUCAAUUUUAAGGAAGUCUGCGGUUCGGAUUCAAAAAGUUAAUAGGAGGCCUUUUAGAUAAAUUCGUAUAGGCCAUUGAUGUCUUCCCUGAGAAAUAUAAGCUAAUAUUGGAAUACUGCAGUCAAAUCCUAGAAAGGAGCUGGGAUACCCGAUCAUUAAUUCUGUAAAUGGUGAGGACAAAAGUGCCGUUCAGGUUGAAAAUUGCUUACGCAUAGUUCAAGUUCCCUGUAAUUUUCUCAUUUAUUGAAAUAGUAUUCCAAUUUCAUGAAUUGAAGAUCCAACUUGAGACAGCAGGUAAGAAGAUUCUCUCUGGGGUUGCCAAUUGUUCAGUGAACUGAAAAAAUCAAUAUACACGAGUUUCUAGUUAUGCCA